GCAGGAUCCUAACCCAGACGAUCCGGAGAAUUUGUACCGUGACCGGCAGGGGGGGCGGGAGGAGAGAGAGAAGUCAAGUCUCCGGGGCUGCUGGCGACUUCGGAAGCCGCGCGCCCCGCGCCCUCGGCCGCCCCCGGCCGCUCGCCCCCGCCGCGCCGCCGCCCUCGCCCCCGCGCUCGCCCUUGGCCCCCGGCGGCCGCGAAAGGGUGCGGGAGACGCGGAGCCGGAGGAGGAGGCGCAGCCGCUGCCCGAGCCGCAGCCGCAGCCGCAGCCGGAGCCCGAGCCGCGGAGCGGGCGCGAAGAUGCACACGACCCAGAAGGACACGACGUACACCAAGAUCUUCGUCGGGGGGCUGCCCUACCACACCACCGACGCCAGCCUGCGCAAGUACUUCGAGGUCUUCGGCGAGAUCGAGGAGGCGGUGGUCAUCACCGACCGGCAGACGGGCAAGUCCCGGGGCUACGGAUUUGUCACCAUGGCUGACCGAGCUGCUGCUGAAAGAGCCUGCAAGGACCCGAACCCCAUCAUUGAUGGCAGGAAAGCCAAUGUGAAUCUGGCAUACUUGGGCGCAAAACCAAGGAUCAUGCAACCAGGUUUUGCCUUCGGUGUUCAACAGCUUCAUCCAGCCCUCAUACAAAGACCUUUUGGGAUCCCCGCCCACUACGUGUACCCGCAGGCGUUCGUGCAGCCCGGCGUGGUCAUCCCGCACGUGCAGCCCACGGCCGCCGCCGCCUCCACCACCCCGUACAUCGACUACACGGGCGCCGCCUACGCCCAGUACUCGGCGGCCGCCGCCGCCGCCGCCGCCGCCGCCGCCUACGACCAGUACCCGUACGCCGCCUCCCCGGCCGCCGCCGGCUACGUCACCGCGGGGGGCUACGGCUACGCCGUGCAGCAGCCAAUCACCGCCGCCGCCCCCGGGACGGCCGCCGCCGCCGCCGCGGCCGCCGCCGCCGCCGCCGCCUUCGGCCAGUACCAGCCGCAGCAGCUGCAGACCGACCGCAUGCAGUAGGGCGGCCACGUGAGCGGAGCCGGCUCGUGUCCCCUCCCUCCCCCCGCCCCCCACCAUUGCCCGGUGUGUCGUAGGUAAGGCGAGGGAACGUCGACCUCACAGCUUUUCAGGAGGGACUAAAAAAAGGAAAAAAAAAAAAAAAAAAAAAAAA